CAUCCCCGGGCAGUGCAGUGUGUGAAGGGGCAAACUGCGAGCUGGGCGGGCUAGGGGUUUGCCCACCCUCCUGCCUGCCUGCCUGCCUGCCUGCCUGCCUGCCUGUCUGCCUGCCGGCCGGCUGGCCACCCCGGUGUACGUCCUGCCUGAUUCAGCCGCUGCUGCCACUACCUUCUAGGCUGCUCUGUGAGCAGCCACGUUUCUGCUUACUCCCUCCCAUCUGAGACCUUCUCUUGGUGUCUGCUCUCAGCUUCCCCACUCCUAGACCAGCAGCAUGGAGUGCCAAGAGAAUCAGUACCGGGACCAGUGGGGAUUCUGUGUCACUUGCCAACAGUGUGGCCCUGGCCAGGAGCUCUCCAAGGAGUGUGGCUAUGGGGAAGGUGGAGAUGCAUUCUGCACCCCUUGUCCCCCCCGAAGGUACAAGAGUGGCUGGGGCCACCAUAGCUGCCAAGCCUGCCUAACUUGUGCUGUCAUCAACCGAGUCCAGAAAGUCAACUGUACCGCGACUUCUAAUGGAGUCUGUGGGGAUUGUCUACCCAGGUUCUACUGUAAGACUCGAAUUGGUGGCCUUCAGGAUCAGGAAUGCAUCUCUUGCACAAAGCAAACCCCAGUGUCGGAGGUCCAAUGUGCCUUCAGACUGAGCUCCGUGAAGCUAGAGGUGCCCACGGCACCCCCUCAGGAAGCCACACUCAUGGUGCUAACAAGCAGUGUGCUCAUUGUCUUUGUCCUGGCCCUCAUCUCCUUUGCUGUCUUCUACUGCAAGCGUUUCCUCAAGCGUCAAUUCCGGCAUGGCUUCAUUGGAUAUCCAGACUUUCGGGGGCAGAGAGAACUAUCUCAGACUUCUGAUUAUGCAGGUCCAUGCCCUGGCAGAGAGCUGGGCAUGAAGAAUUUGGGUCCUGUAAUUGAGCAAAAUGGAGCCUGCGAGGAUUCGGUGCAAUUUGUGGCGGAUGGCCCCGCACCCAGAGCCGAGGGAAACGAUCGCCAUUUCCAUCUUAGCUGUGACCCUUAUCCUGGGCAGCUGGUCUGCAAUGCUGCUGCUGCUGCUGCUGCUGCUGCUGCUGCCGUUGACACUCGGGCACUCAUCCAUGCCUGCCCGUCUGCAGAGGGCCAAACCGAAUCAUUGGGAAACCCCCCGACACUCCCUUCCUGCGCCUCCGAAACACAGUCGUGCUGGGCCCAUGCUCCCGUUGAAUGCACAGAGCUAGACCUUCACAAGUUUUCGAGUUGCAGCCCUUAUGCCGGUGCAGAAGGGCACAGGGAAGCUGUCAUCUGGGCCAUGCCAGGGGGUACCGGAGAUAGAAUGGGGUUCACCCCUUCAUUAUACUACUUAGAGGGAAAGUCUCCUACACCAGAUUCUUCCUUUAAGGUCUCUUCGGCCAAAAAUGGCCACGUGUCCUGGUAAAACUGUCAAAGCCACCACCUACUGGACUUCAAGCCCCAGUAUUGAUGACUUGUUCCGAAUCUGCUCUUUUCAUAGAUAUUGAGCUAAAAGGACCCUCGGAAGAGGCCAUCAUGGUGAGACUGCCAGAUAUAGUGAAUACAGCAAGCCCUACAGUCACACAGAAGAUGACUGAACUGUUCCUUCUUCAACAUCCCAGAAUCUCAGCACUGGAAUGGACCCCAAAGGAUCAGAUCUGGAAUGGACUCCAAGAUCAUCUUGCACAACCCAACCAAGUAGGAAUUCCCCCAAUAUCCCUCAGAAAGAGGUCACCCAGCAUCUGUGGUAGAAGAUCUCCAGUGACAGGGAUCCACUACUUCUCAAAACAGCCCAUGUCAGUUUUGGACACUCCUACACUAACCAGGAAGACCCUUUCUUGCUCAAUUGUUUAAUUUUUUUUUUAAAAAAAAAAUUUCCCAGGUUGCA